AUGGACAUGUCGGUAGGCGUUGCGUUUUCUUUUCGUAUCAUAUUUGAGUAUCAUGUAAGGACAUUGACCAGCAUCGAGGAUGUCCUCGGCGACACCCCGGCGGGCACCCUUCCAGACCUAGAACGCAUCGUCGGCCUUCCUGAUUUCGAAUGGGCCGCCAGGCGCUACAUGAACGCUUCCUCAUACACAUACUACCGUAACGGCGCGGCCGGAGAAUGGUCUUACAGGAACAACUUGGAGGCCUACGGCCGAUUCCGCUUCAAGCCACGCAUGCUGGUCGACGUCACCAACAUUGAAUCCACCCUUCCUACAACCAUCCUGGGCCACAACUUCUCCGCCCCUUUCUAUAUUAGCCCCUGUGCUCGUGGAGGUCUGGCCCAUCCCGAAGCCGAGAAGAACUUCGUCAAAGCUGCCUAUGAAGAGGAUAUCCUGUAUAUCCCAUCGCUCUAUGCAUCGCUCUCCGUCGAAGAGAUCGCCGCUGCUAAGCCAUCCAAUGGCUCCCAGACUAUUUUCCAGCAAGUGUAUCUCACUGAAAAUGACACCGAGACGAAACAGCUCUUCGAGAAGGUGGAAAAGCUGGGUAGCAAGGCGAUCGUCUUCACCGUCGACUCCGCAGCAGACGGAAACCGUCAUCGCGCCGCUCGCUACGGCGUCGGGUCAGCAGACAGCUCAUACACCUACAUUACCUGGGAUUACUACAAGAAGCUCCAGAACAUGACUUCAUUGCCUGUCGUCCUGAAGGGCAUUCAGUCCGUCGAGGAUGUUAAGCUGGCCGUUGCACACGGCGCCCCGGCCGUUAUUCUUUCUAACCACGGUGGACGUCAGCUCGACGGUACCCCAUCGCCUCUUGAAAUUGCUCUUGAGAUUCACGAGGAGGCCCCGGAGCUCUUCGAGCAGAUCGAAAUCUAUGCAGAUGGUGGUAUUCGGUAUGGCGCGGACGUUCUGAAACUACUUGCACUGGGUGUUACGGCUGUCGGUCUCGGUCGUCCGUUUAUGUUUGCGAACACGUACGGUGUCGAGGGAGUUAAACAUGCGAUUCAACUUCUUAAGCAUGAGAUUGCCAUUGAUGCUGGUAAUCUUGGUGUGGGCGAUUUGAAGAAGCUUGAUGCUUCUUAUGAACCCGAGUGA